AUGAGUAGCUUUAUGAAUAUGGCGUGUAUUGGAGACUUUGACCCGUUCACCGCUGCCAUUCCCGCCACCAAAGUUGAGCUCACGGUGUCGUGUAGAAAUCUCCUGGACAGAGACACAUUCUCCAAAUCAGACCCAAUUUGUGUGCUGUACACUCAAGGAAUCUCCAACAGGGAAUGGAGAGAGUUUAGUCGGACAGAGGUGAUAGACAACACACUGAAUCCAGACUUUGUCCGUAAAUUCCUCCUGGACUACUUCUUUGAGGAGAGGCAGAAUCUCCGCUUUGACCUGUAUGACCUUGACUCGAAAAGCGACAACCUGUCUAAACAUGACUUCCUGGGCCAGGCGUUCUGUACCCUGGGGGAGGUGGUGGGCUCCAUGGGAAGCCGCAUGGAGAAACCUCUCAUUGGGAUUCCAGGGAAGAAGUGUGGAACUAUCAUAGUGAGAGCAGAGGAACUGAGCAAUUGCAGGGAGUCAGUGAUGCUGCAGUUCUGUGGGAACAAGUUGGACAAGAAAGACUUCUUUGGGAAGUCUGAUCCUUUUCUGGUCUUCUACCGCAGUAAUGAGGACGGAUCGUUUACUAUCUGCCAUAAGACUGAGGUUGUAAAGAACACUCUGGACCCAGUGUGGCAGGCCUUCAAGAUCCCUGUCAAGGCCCUGUGCAACGGAGAUUAUGAUAGAAGCAUAAAGGUGGAGGUGUAUGAUUGGGACAGAGAUGGAGGGCAUGACUUCAUUGGGGAGUUCAGCACCAGAUACAGGGAGAUGUCAAGAGGCCAGUCACAGUUCCACACCUAUGAGGUGGUAAAUCAGAAGAAGAGAGACAAGAAGAAGAAGAGAUACCUCAACUCAGGAACAGUAACCCUGCUGUCCUGCCUGGUGGACAUGGAGCUCACCUUCCUGGACUACAUCAAAGGGGGGACUCAGAUUAAUUUCACGGUGGCAAUUGAUUUCACAGCAUCAAAUGGCAACCCGUCUCAGCCCACCUCCCUCCACUACAUGAGUCCGUACCAGUUGAAUGCCUAUGCCAUGGCUCUCAGGGCCGUGGGGGAGAUCAUCCAGGACUACGACAGUGACAAGAUGUUCCCUGCUCUGGGCUUCGGAGCCAAGCUGCCCCCGGACGGACGCGUCUCACACGAGUUCGCUCUGAACGGGAACCCUCAGAACCCAUACUGCAGUGGGAUUGAGGGAGUGAUGGAGGCUUACUACCAGAGCCUCAAGUCUGUCCGCCUCUACGGACCCACACACUUCUCCCCUGUUAUCAACCACGUGGCCAGGUAUGCACAAUCAGUGAAAGACGGCUCCCAGUACUUCAUCCUCCUUAUCAUCUCAGACGGCGUCAUCACCGACAUGGCUCAGACCAAAGAGUCUAUCGUAAAUGCGGCUACUCUGCCCAUGUCAAUUAUAAUUGUCGGGGUUGGACCGGCGGAAUUUAAUGAAAUGAUUGAGCUUGAUGGAGACGAAGAGAGGAUCUCAUCUCAAGGGAGGUUCGCAGAGAGAGAUAUUGUUCAGUUUGUUCCGUUCCGUGACUACAUCGACCGCAGGGGGAACCACAUUCUCAGUAUGGCCCGUUUGGCCAAAGAGGUCCUGGCUGAGAUCCCUGACCAGUUCCUCUCCUACAUGAGGACCAGGGGCAUCAAACCAGGCCCCUGUCCCCCUGCCUACACCCCCACCCCCGCCUUGCACCCCCUCCUCACCCGACGGCCCUUUCUGUGGAGAGGACAGACCGCCAUCGUCCCUCAGGAAGGACUUCCACUGAGAGCCACAGAGACUGGUGGUAGCGAUGAUGAAGAGGACGAAGAUGAUGAUGAUGACAAGCCCAGGAGCCCCAUCCCAUCGCCAUGGACGGGGCCCAGCGACAUGCACGCCACCCAGCGCUAUGGACAGGGCCGAGCGCCAUGGACGGGGCCCAGCGCCAAGGACGGGGCCCAGCGCCAUGGACGCCACCCAGCGCCAUGA